AUGGCCAACACGUACCGCAACCCAGUGAUCCCUGGGUUCAACCCCGACCCGUCCAUCUGCCAUGUGCCGGGCAAGGGCUACUUCCUCUCGACGUCCACUUUUGAAUACUUUCCCGGACUGCCCGUGUACCACAGUACAGACCUGGUCAACUGGAAGAUCAUUGGCCAUGCAAUCAACCGCCGCUCGCAAGGCGUCGACAUGCGUACCGUCGAGACGUCGGCGGGACUGUGGGCGCCCACGUUCCGCUACAACAAGGGCAGGUGGUACAUGAUCUGCUCGUGUUUCUGGCGAGCAAGGUUUACACCGCCACGCGAGAUGAUCUCGAGCGGAUUCUACGUCUGGACCGACGACAUCUUUGACGACUCAAAAUGGAGCGACGCCGUGUACUUUGAGGACGUCGGGUUUGACCAGGACCUCCUGUUUGACGACGACGAUAGGGUGUACCAUACCGUCACGCGGUACCGCUUCACUGGGCCCGUCAGCAACCCGGUCAAGAACCUCGAGUCGUGGAUUACCGAAAUUGACCUCGCCACCGGAACCACGCUGUCGCCUCCCGUACUCGCGCGCCAGUCACCCCUCAACGUCGCCGAGGGAUGCCACAUCAUCAAGCACGAGGGCAUGUAUUACCUCUUCGUCGCCGAGGGCGGCACCGAGGGCGGCCACCGCGAGUGCGUGUAUCGCGCCGCGCAGCCCAUGGGCCCGUACCUGCCGCCCCCCGACGGUGUCAACCCCCUCAUAUUCAACCACGGCCACCCGCGUGUCCAGAACACGGGCCACCUCGAUCUCGUGGCGGGCGACGACGGCAAGUGGGUGGGCGUGUGUCUCGGUGUGCGGCCCGUCUUCCCCGUCCGCCGCACGACGACGGGGAUGGGCGGCAUGCCCUCGCAGCUGGGCCGAGAGACGUUCCUCGUCCCCGUCGAGUGGGUCGAUGGCUGGCCUGUCGUCAACGGCCGCAAGGACAUUGACCUCGAGGGCACGGCCGACUUUGGCGUGCAGCUGCCAGUGGAAACCCACUGGGAGGACGCGUUUGACACAGAGACCCUCUCGCUGGGUUGGUACCACGUCCGGGUCCCGCUGCGGACGACUUACGCGGUCUCCCCGCGCGGCCUCGCGCUUCGUGGCGGCCCGGAUACGCUGGACGUCGACCACUGCCCUUCCCUACUGCUCCGCAAACAGACCGCGUUCAACCUCGACUGGUCGACCGAGGUGGACUUCUCCCCCAAGUUUGGCGAGGAAGCAGGUACCGUCGCAUGGAUUGCGCGCGGAGCGUACGCGUCACUAGGUGUGCGUGGCACCGAGCACGGCCGCGAGGUCGUGUUCAAGCGUCCGGUCGGGGAUGCAGAUGAGUUUGUGUCGACCUCGAGCGCCAUCCCGCCUUCAGGCCCAGUGACAAUGUUCAUCCGCGCGCGUACCCUAGAGUACACGUUCUCGUUUGUCGCCGGCAACGGCGCCGAGGUCGUGGUAGGCAGCGUCUCCUCGGACAAUCUCAGCCCGCUCUUCACCGGCGUCCACAUUGGUGUGUACGCCCAGGGCUACAUGAGUAACCCAUGUCUCGAGAACGCGUACUUCAAGUACUGUAAAUGGGAUCUUGUGGACGCCUGA